GCACACGUAACUGACCCACCCAACCAUUUCUCGCGACGGACACUUCGGGUCUGCUUGAGAUCGUCUCCCCCGUUUCUUUCUCUCCACACCUUAUCCGCCAAACUUCAACAUGCGCGAGUGCAUCUCCAUCCACGUUGGUCAGGCCGGUGUCCAGAUCGGCAAUGCCUGCUGGGAACUGUACUGUCUGGAGCAUGGCAUCCAGCCUGAUGGUCAGAUGCCGUCCGACAAGACCAUCGGAGGAGGCGACGACUCCUUCAACACCUUCUUCAGCGAGACGGGCGCCGGCAAGCACGUGCCACGUGCAGUCUUUGUAGACCUCGAGCCCACCGUCGUCGAUGAAGUUCGAACCGGUACCUACCGACAGCUAUUCCACCCCGAACAGCUCAUCACGGGUAAGGAAGACGCCGCCAACAACUACGCUCGCGGCCACUACACCAUCGGAAAGGAGAUCAUCGACCUCGUCCUCGAUCGCGUCCGCAAGCUGGCUGACCAGUGCACGGGGCUGCAGGGUUUCCUCAUCUUCCAUUCCUUCGGUGGCGGCACCGGCUCUGGCUUCGCCUCUCUUCUGAUGGAGCGUCUGUCUGUCGACUACGGCAAGAAGUCCAAGCUGGAGUUUGCUGUCUACCCUGCUCCUCAGAUCUCCACCGCCGUGGUUGAGCCCUACAACUCCAUCCUCACUACACACACCACCCUCGAGCACUCCGACUGCGCUUUCAUGGUUGACAACGAGGCUAUCUACGACAUCUGCCGACGAAACCUCGACAUCGAGAGACCCACCUACACCAACCUCAACCGUCUUAUCGGUCAGAUCGUGUCCUCCAUCACCGCUUCUCUGCGCUUCGACGGUGCCCUCAACGUCGACCUAACGGAGUUCCAGACUAACCUCGUGCCCUACCCUCGCAUCCACUUCCCUCUGGCUACCUACGCCCCCGUCAUCUCCGCCGAGAAGGCCUACCACGAGCAGCUGACGGUGGCCGAGAUCACCAACGCCUGCUUCGAGCCGGCCAACCAGAUGGUCAAGUGCGACCCUCGCCAUGGCAAGUACAUGGCCUGCUGCAUGCUGUACCGCGGUGAUGUCGUGCCUAAGGAUGUCAACGCCGCCAUCGCCACCAUCAAGACCAAGCGCACCAUCCAGUUCGUCGACUGGUGCCCCACUGGUUUUAAGGUUGGCAUCAACUACCAGCCUCCUACAGUGGUACCUGGUGGUGACCUGGCCAAGGUGCAGCGUGCCGUGUGCAUGUUGAGCAACACCACGGCCAUCGCCGAGGCCUGGGCCCGUCUCGACCACAAGUUCGACCUCAUGUACGCCAAGCGCGCCUUCGUGCACUGGUACGUGGGUGAGGGCAUGGAGGAGGGCGAGUUCUCCGAGGCCCGUGAGGAUCUGGCGGCCCUGGAGAAGGACUACGAGGAAGUCGGCGUCGACUCCGUGGAAGGCGAGGGUGAAGGAGAAGGAGAGGGAGAGGAGUACUAAAAAACGUUUUCUCAGUGAUUCAAUGCUUUCUGGAUCGAGGAAUAUUUUUUUAAAAAAAACUUUUUUUUUUAACAUUUUUUUUUUCUCGAGAAUACUACACACAAAAA